AUGUUGGAACAUAGUGCUAUGUACCUUAACGUUACACCACCCUACGAGGAAGACGCAUCGUUCUUUCCGGAUUUCUACACCACACGGCUUGGCCCGUGUGAUCUGCAGGACCCGGUGUGGGCCAAGAUGAGCGCCCUGGCCGGAGUCAACAAGAAGAGGAAAAAGUCGGAGACCAAACCUCAGGCGCAGAUCAACAAAUGUAACAAUGAGAAGAGGCGCCGUGAGCAAGAGAACAUCUACAUAGAAGAGUUGGCAGAGUUGAUUUCAGCCAACUUCGCGGACAUGAGCUCUUUGUCGGUGAAGCCUGACAAGUGCGCAAUCCUCCAAGAAACCGUCAACCAGAUUCGCAGCAUCAAGCAGCAAGAGAGCGCAUCCCAAUCCACCGAUCCCGUCCAGCAGGGCGAGGUGUCGUCGUCGCGCCCCACUAUCCUCUCCAACGAACUGUACGGGCCCCUCCUACUGGAAGUCCUGGAGGGCUUUCUGUUCGUGGUCAACGGCGAGGGCAAGGUCGAGCACGUCACCGAGAACGUCUCCACCUACAUCAAGUUCACCAGGGAGGACAUCCUCGGGAAGAGUAUCUAUAACUUCAUCCACCAUGGAGACCACGCCAAAUUCCACUCCAACCUGUUGCCUAUGAUUGAAUGGGGCAACGAGCAGCAGCCCACUAACCGGUCGAAAUCCAUCGACAUCCGGCUGCUUGUGAAGCCUCCGGAUGAGCUGGAGGAGAGCGUCGAGGAGAAGCAGCAGAGAGUCAGCUGCUACGAGUUGAUGCACAUCUCCAGUACCCAGCUGAGGGAUCAAGUGUCAGUGUCCGAGGAAGACGGCAGUGAUAAUGGACCCUGUUUGUUGUGCAUCGCUAGUCGGAUAUCUCACAGGGAAAAGACUUCUUGUAGCAUCGAACAGUUCACCACUAAGCUCGACACCACCGGCAAGAUAAUUUGCGUGGACACUUCCGGGGUGUCGGAGACUAUCGCGCAGUACAUUAAGAAGGACCUCAAAAACCGUGUGCUCAGGGACUUGGUUUCGCAACAGGACGUGCAAAAAAUCAACGCCCAUCUUAGGGAAACUGUCAGUGCCGGCCAGUCCACUAGUGCUAUAUACCGCUUGCAAAUCGGGACCGACAAAUUCAUUCAGGUCCAGACGAAGUCGAAACUGUUUAAGUCGAUUCCUCACGCCAGUAACGACACCGACUUCAUCAUGGCUACGCAUUCUAUUAUCGGUGAAAAUGAGGCCGUGGGACCCACCGACCCGGGCGGCGGUAACACCAGCGGCGGCGGCGUGGGCGGCCCUCUGAUGACGAGCGUCGUGAACGGCACUCGCAACGGCCCGCCCGUGUGUUCCGGAGGCGACAGUUCCACCACCACCUCCAACAACACCCUCCUCAACACCAACACCACCACCUCCUUCACCACAGCUUUUAACCUCGACAACGACUUCAACUUCGACAUCUUUCCCACUUCCACCUGGGAGCUGGAACCCACCAGCUGGCAGGACGCGCGGCCCGACUCCCGCCAGAGCGUCACCCCGGUGUCGACGCCCACCCCCCGGCCCCCCAGCAACCCCUCGUACAGCAAUGCCCCCACGGUCGUGCAUUCUCCCCUGUCCCACUUCGGCACCCAGCCGAGCCCCACCGUGCCGAACCCCUCCACCCCCGCCAACCCCUACGGCAACACCUUUCCGUUCAGCCCGUUGAACGAGCAGAACUACCCCAUGGAGGAGCAGAAGGAUACCAAAGGUAACGCCUUGGAGGAGGCCGUCGUUUCCAAUAGGUUAAGGAUUCUGUUGACAAAGCCGCCAAAUAACGUGGAGACCGCCAACGAGGCGGAUAAGAGUAGAGAUAGGAUAUUGAAGGAGUUGCUGAACCAGCAGGACGAAGAUAGUAAUAAGAUCGACAACAGGAGUAGCCCUAGGGGGCUGAUGAGUAGGGGGUCCAUGAUGCCCGGACCGUCGGAACCGCCCAAGACCUCUACUUCUUCGGGGAACAACAAUAUGUUACGACAGCUUCUUAAUGAUAAAAGUGACGAUGAUGAUCUCGAGUCGAAGGCUGGCGUUAAGAAGAAGAGCGAACUACUUCAGCAGCUGCUGAAGCCCGAACGAGAUAUCGAAGAAGACAAGAAGAAUGAUCUUCAGUCUCAAGACGAUUCACUGCUUAGGAGUUUAGGCUUUCCACCUUGUUCUCCCGUCGGAGAUAGGGGUAAGAAGAGAUUGAGUGACGAUAAAGAUGACAACCCAAAUAAGCGAUCAGCUGAUGGGUCCCAGGUCACCUCCUCUGGCUCCACAGGUAGCAAGUUGUGCGAGAAAAACAAAAUGUUGGCUUCGCUGCUGGCCAAGCAGCCAACGAACCACCAACCGAUCCCGCCGAUACCCGCAAGUGUGAUAUCGGCGACACCUCAAGAAAAACUGCCUAAGAUCACGGAUCCCAACAAGACCUUACAAAUGAACAUGAUGAAUCAGAACAUGCAACACAACAUCCUGAACACAUCCAGGAUGAACGCUAGCAGAAUGUCUGGUCGUUCUCAAAACACAAACUACCUCAGUGCUGUAUUGUCCAAUAAUAUGCAACGAAACGAAAAUCGACAGAUUAACCAGAUCAAUUCCGUAUGUUACACUUCCCCCGCCACCUCCAGCACAGACAACAACAACUCCGGCUGGGAUAACAAUAAUCUGCAGACUUCUAACGAUCCGCUUCUCUCCGAUAUCCUGGAUCAGGUGAUUGAUAUUGUGCCGGAUGAUAUUAUGCAGCUCUUGAGUGGGUCUGAGGGACAGCAACCCAAUAACUUCCAGACCGGGUUAAGCGAGACUAUGGCCAUUAAUAUUAUACAGAAGUCUCUCAUGCAGUGCGAGUCUGCUGUGAAGAGCCCAGCCUCUCCCAUUUCUAUGCCUGGAACGCCUCCAGCCUAUUCUGCUACAAGCGUAAGCCAGAACCAGUCUGGUGUUUUCCCACCACCACCGAACUACUCCCAGUCCAAGUUCCAGCGCAUGCAAGUGAGACCAGGGCAGCCGCAGUACCCCGCCAACAUCAACAACCAGCUGAUUCUACAGCACCAGAGGAAGCAGCUGUUGCACCAACAGGAACAGAAACGUCGCCUGCUCCAGCAGCAGAAACAACAACAGCUGCUGAUUCCGUCCAACGCGGCCGCCAGCGAGAUGAACCCCUCCAUGCAGAACAUCGAGAGCCUCCUGAAUAACACAGUCGCUCCCAAUGUAUCUUUACAGCGUUCCGCUAGCGUGCCGGAACCGCAGCUGUCUCCGGGAUAUGGGGGACAGAUUAACCAGCAGAACCAGCGGGUCGGCAACCAACAGCCCUACUCGCCUCACUCCCAACUGACGUCGCCACUAGGCCAGCAGAGUUUCACACAGACCACGGUGGGGAACUACCAGAAUCCGGGCGCUAGGCUGUCGCCUCAGGCGCAAUUUAACCCGCAACUGUCGCCGAGGCAGGCCUACCCUCAGGGGAACACGCAGAGCACGGCCAACUGGCAGCAAACUCAGGCCAGGUUAACCGUGCAACAGAACCCGAUGCUCAGUGCGCAACUUACCGGCAACUUUAUAUCAGGAGGGCCUAAUGGUCGAAAUUUUCAGAGACCACCUCAACAGCAACGAUCCAUAAACAGUCCAGGGACGGUCCCCACACGGCACUCCCCCUACCCGGCAGAUCAGUUCCCGCCCCCGAGCUCGCCGAACUCUGCCUUCAACAAUCAGUACCUGAGACUGCAACGUACUAACAGCGCCCCCACGCCCUCCACCCAAAUGCCAGGUGGGCUGGGCUCCCCCCGGCCAUACACAGGCAGGGAACACCAUCCCCACUCCUAUCCCAACAUCCCUCCCCACCACAAUGUACCUCCCAUGAUGUACCAACAAGACUCCCAGUUCUGUUACGAUCAGGCGGGUUUACCAUUAGCCUACAAUGGCGCUGACAGGGGACGUGCACCCCCCCACCUCCAACCCGGUGUAUCUGGAAGUGGGCCCACUUCAGAAUUUGUGAGGCAAGAGUUGCGUGCUGUAGUUGGUGCGAGGACUGGGCAGACUCAGCCCGCCGGCAACAGGCCCCCGUCGCAGUUAAUGUCCCAGCAACAGCAAGUCAAUGAUCUCGAGUCGUUAGGAAUCAAUUUCGAAAUGGCCACUGGUGCGAGUGAUAGCCCGAAACUUUGGGGUGCGAUGGGUUCAGAUAUGGGCUCAAUGUCUCCGCAGCCAGCGACCUCCAGGAGUUCUAUGGAGGAGGGACGACAAGGUGAUCAGAAGUCCUCGUUGCUGCAGAAACUGCUGUCUGAGUGACCACGUGUAAAUAAUAGAGAUAUAUUCUACUAGGUACCUCAUCGGUUCUGUACCACAGGCUGUAAUCUAGACAGGUUAGCUGUAUCAAGUGCAUUACUACGUUGCUUGUUCGUUACGUUAGGGUAGUGCGGAGCAGGGGAAGGCGCAGGGCCAGAGUGCAAUUGUACAUAUUUGAAGGACUUGUUUAUAUUUAUAUAAUACUAUAUUUUAUUAAUGGACUUGUUUAAAUUACGUAAAUAGCGCCCUGAGGCGUACCUGUUAUUAUUUUGGAUGUGUUUAGUGUUGUCUUCCUUUUGUGAGUGUUCAGGCUACGCAUUACCAAAAAAAUAAUAAAAAAAAAAUAAAAAACAAAUAGUAACUGUUAAUAUUUUAUACAUAAUUUAAAGUAUGUUACUUGGAAAGCUUGUUUUGUUGGACAUUGUGAUAGGCAACCGCCAUGUUACUACUACUAGGAACUUGUUACUAGACCUUAUUAAUAAUAGCAUUCAUACUUGAUUAUUGUCAAUUACACCCAGCCACUAAAUUAAAGAUGAACAAAUUGACAGACAAAACAUUAUUUAAUUACAAAUAUUUUUUGUACAUUAUUGGAGUUUUGAAAUAUAUCUAUAUAUUAAAUA